AUGGUCAGCCUAAAUUCAGCUGUGCCCGCAAAGGCCAGCCCCGAUUCCAAUAUUUUUGAAAUAACAGAACGCAAGGACCUAGGGGAUGACGUCUUUACCAAUGUCUACGAGCAGUGGCUACCCCCCGCAGGAAGGGGUAUCUACGGCGGUUCUGUAAUUGCGCUCAGUCUCGCUGCUGCCCAAGAGACUGUGACAAGAGAUUUUCGCAUUCAUUCUUGCCAAUGCACUUUUCUUCAUCCUGGAUCUGUUGAUAGACGACAGACGUACCAUGUCGCAAGAGUUCAACAAGGCUCUACGUUCGCCACGCGUACGGUUGAAUGUCGUCAGCAGGACGAGAUAAUUAUCAUUAUCACUGUUAGCUUCACUCGGGAGACUGAGAGAGUCUCGAGGACUGUCGAGCACACAGUUGCCCCUUUCAAGAUCCCUGAACCUCCGGACGAACAGUGUGAAGAACGGCCAGAAUGGACCUUGACAGAGCCAUUCCAGCGCUAUAGAAUCGAUGUGAUCGAUGAACCAAUUUCUAACAACCCCUCACAUAAACGACGUAUCUUCCGCCAGUGGUUUCGCUUCCCUGGGUUUAUUCCCGAAAAUGGCGGGCCUGACGCUCAUCUUCACGCCCUAGCCUUUUUGACCGACGGCUACUUCAUUCUCGCGGCGGCACAACUUCACCGUAUAUGGCGACUCCCCUUCGCACUAGAAGAUGUACCGUCAUUCCCCCCCAAGCUGAGAUCUCAGGUUCAACUAGUGAAUGAAGUUGAGGGCUUGGGGUCUACCAUCGAGGAAUGGGCUAAGCGUCCGAGGAUGGCUAUGGCAGCGAGCCUUGACCAUAGGGUCUACUUUCAUGAACCGCUGCGGACUAAAGCAGAUGAGUGGAUGGUUUCAGAAAUGGAAAGUCCUUGGGCAGGUCACGGGAGAGCCUUGGUUGUCCAACGAAUGUUUGCAAAAGAUGGGACUUUACUGGCUACAUGCACACAAGAGGUUUGA